GUUUGCAGUGAUUCUCAAGCAAUUGUGCUUGAUAAGGUUCAAAUGCCACACAAUAGAAGAUUGAGGAGAUUUGCAAACAGUGCAAUAUUAUGCUUUAUCAGUUAAAGCAACUUCCUCGUCGCACGUGAAAAAGCAUUUUACGAUGAUUUACAGAGAAUUCAUUGUCACUUUACUUAGUUUUUCCAACUAUAAAACACUUAAGAAUUUCAAGGAGAAUCGUAAAAAAUAUCACGAUUUCGAAUUUCGGACUUAUAACUCCAUCAUUAAUUCCAUUCGAUCUGCAAUCUGUGAAAGAAACUUCCGUCCGACAACUUCUGAUGCCCUUUGCAUUGAAAAUGCACCACAACUCUGGUCCUUGAUUUGUGCUCUCUUCGAAGAAAAUCCCUCGUCUUGCGCUUAUCUCGAGACCAUUCCUGCGGGCGGUCGUUUGAGAAGCACUGCCAGUGGGCAAUAAACCUGCCCUACACGAUCCAGUGCUGAUACACCAGCAAAAAUUGCCGUGUGCGACUCUCGAGGAGCGACUGUAAGGCCGAGACGGUGAGACCGAAGCCAGUGAAAUCUCUUCAGUCGCUGCCGAUCAGUCGUGAGCUGCGGAGCUGUCGUGUCUCACUGGUGCUCGUCUUUAUCAGCAAAAACGAAAUUGGAGAAACGCACCAAAAGUUUAUUUCGUGGCGCAAGUGUUGAACAACUUCUGGAAUACCUGGAGAGGUGAUCUUCUGAGCAAAUAUUUAGGUGCGAUGUUUCUCGCCAAGCCGUUGCUCUUGCUGUCCCUGGUGGGCCUCGUGCGGCUGGCACCGUUCCAAGAGGGCAACUAUGAGCUCAUCAUUCUGCACAACAACGACAUGCACGCGCGCUUCGACCAAACUAAUGCUCAGAGCAACGCGUGUCGGCAGCAGGAGGAGCUGGACUCCAAGUGCUACGGCGGCUUCGCUAGAGUCGCCACAAUAGUGCGAAAGUAUCGCGCUGAUAACAACAACGUCCUGUUCCUCAACGCCGGCGACACGUACACGGGAACUCCGUGGUUCACGCUCUACAAUAACGUGAUCUCGUCGGAGAUGAUGAACAUCCUACAUCCGGACGCAAUUUCGCUAGGAAACCACGAGUUCGACAAUGGUGUGGAUGGAUUGGUGCCAUUCCUCAACAGCGUAGAAUUUCCCGUCCUCGCGGCGAAUCUGGACCUCUCGCAGGAGCCCACAAUGGCCGCAGCGGCUUCGCUGAAGCCCUCGACUGUGUUCACAGUGGCUGGGCACAGAAUCGGCGUGAUUGGCUACCUCACGCCGGACACGAAGUUCCUCUCGGCCGCCAACAAGGUGGAGUACAUCCCUGAGAUCACGGCCAUCAACCAGGAGGCGCAGAAGCUGCGCAGCGACGGCGUGGAGGUCAUAAUUGCCCUAGGCCACUCUGGCCUCACGCAGGAUCGCGAAAUUGCGCGCAAUUGUCCAGAUGUGGACAUCGUCAUUGGUGGGCAUUCACACACCUUCCUCUACGCCGGCGAUCAUCCAGACAUCGACGUGCCUGAGGACGUCUAUCCGGUGGUUGUGACGCAGGCCAGCGGCAAGCAAGUGCCCGUCGUCCAGGCGUAUGCCUACACAAAAUACCUUGGCUACCUCAAGAUCAUGCUCAACGCCACGGGCAGCAUCGUGGACUGGGACGGUCAGCCGAUCCUCCUCGACUCCUCCGUGCCGCAGGACACGGACGUCCUGGCGGCGCUGCAGAAGUACCGCGCCGGCGUGGAGGAGUACGGAAGUCGCGUGGUUGGCGUGUCAAGAGUGGUUCUCGAUGGCGCUUCGCGUUCCUGUCGCUUCCACGAGUGCAACAUGGGCAAUCUCAUCACGGACGCCUUCGUGCACGCCAACGUCGUGAGCCACCCUAACAGCCACACCGCCUGGACGGACGCCAGCAUUGGACUGUACCAGGGCGGCGGGAUUCGGGCGCCGAUUGAUCCCACGGCCGCCGAGGGCAACAUCACGCGACUCGAACUGGACAACGUCCUGCCCUUCGGCAACACACUGUACGUUGUGCCGGUGCCUGGAAGUGCUCUGAAGGAGGCUCUCGAGCACUCCGUGCAUCGCUAUGCAAACGACACCGGCUAUGGCGAAUUCCUGCAGAUGUCCGGCAUUCAAGUGGUCUUCGAUCUUGACCAGGAGAGUGGAUCGCGAGUGGAAUCCGCGCAAGUGCUCUGCAACGAGUGCAUUGUCCCCAAAUACGAGCCUCUGGACAAUUCGCGGACGUACAAUGUAAUCAUGACGAACUUCAUGAAGGACGGCGGCGAUGGAUAUGCCAUGUUUAAGUCUCUGCCCAUCGCAAAGACCCUUCCUGCCGGGGAUAUCAACAGCGUGGACACGUACAUCGAAAGAAUGAGCCCCAUUUUCCCGGCUGUCGAGUGGAGGAUCACAGUUAAGGGCUCCUCAGCCAGUCUGGCGAGCAUCUCCGGAGUGCUGCUCCUCGUCAUGUUAGUCAUUCAAGUCCUUUCAAGGUGAUCUCAAGCCGAUGUAGGAUAAAAUCUGUAAAUAAAUCCAGUGCAAAGAAGGGCAGUGAUAAGAAA